AUGGAAAAAAAUCCUGAUCUUUCUUCUCUCAUCAAGAGUCUGAUCCAACAUUUCGGAUCACCGGAAAGUGCAGCCAAACAUCUCUCCGCUCUCCCUCAGAUGGCCGAGUCAGCUGAAAAACCCUCGUCUUCUCGAACUCCGGUGGAAGUCCCAGGAGAAACCUUUCCUCCAGCUCCUUCUCCAAAAGGCUCUCCGAAGAGAAGCACCACUGAAUCGUCUGUUGGGGCUGAUGUUGAUCCUGUCUCUUUGCAAAUGGUGGAAACUCCCAUCAAUCCUGAGCCGAUCUCCACUGUUCAUCCUCUUGAGAUUGUCCAUUCAAAAAUGGCGCCUGGUUCCUCUGCUAAAGUUGACGAAGAUCUCACGAAGGGGAAAACUUCUCUACAAAACCUCACUGUUCAUGCGACCUCAAAAAAAUCCACAGGACAUCCAGCUUUGUGUGUUACUCAACAUCAAACUCCUCUUACCACUCCAAGCGAAGAGUCAAUUCCGUCUUCAAAAGAGGAAUCAGCGCAUGCUUCUCAAGAUACCUCUUUGGAGAGAAUUGGGGAAAUUGCCAAAGAGGCCCUGCUUGAUCUUGCCUCACAACCUGGCUCAGAUGUUGAUAAAGCUUCUGUUGUUGUUGAAGAAGAAUGUGAUGCUGGUGAUCAACCCACAUCCAUGGAUGUUGAUGACCCUGAAAAGAUUCCUGAUGUUGAUCAGGAUGUUGAUCCAGAAGAAAGCACAGAUGUUAUUGAUGUUGACACCUUUGUCCCUGACAAGAAAAGCCGGAAACGUAAAGCUGGAGUGGCCUCUCUCAGGCGUUCCUCAAGGUCAAAAUCCACAUGGGUGAUCCCUUCUACUCUCAAUCUUCCUAGCCGAAAAGACAGUGAUGUUGGUCCAACAUCACUGCCUCCAGUUCUCAAGCCAAAGGUUGAACAUUCUCCCACCUCAAAGAGCGGAAAGGUAUCUUCUGCCUCUCACACUACCUCCCCUCGCAUCAGCUGCUCUGGAAGCUCCUCUGAAUCAGAGGUUGAGGUUAGUAAGUCGUACUCCACUCAUUUUUACACUCGUGAAGCAAAGAAUGCUCUCAAAGUGCUGGCUGCUAGGAAGUUUCAUAAUGAUAGACGUGCGGAUGAGGAUUUCUUUUCAAAGUAUAAGCUUGAUAUCCUUUUGCAAGAUAGGAGUAUGUGGGGUACAGUUGUCAAUAUUUUUCCCUAUGAUGCUGAGAUUGUUAGAGAAUUCUAUGUUAAUAUGAUGACAGAGGCUUUUGACCCAAAAUCUGUUAAGUUUGGGAAAGUGUUUGUUAGGGGUAAGGUCUUUGAUUUCUCCCCAUCUGCCAUUAACAAAGCAUGCUACACUGCAAAUACUAACACUGAUGAUGUUGAGGUUGAUGAUGAUGAGAUGACUAGGGAGUUGACUGGAGGGAAACUUAAGGCAUGGACCUCGAAGUUUGCUGCAUCCACUUUGUCUUGGAAAUAUUCUGUACUUCACAAGAUUGCAGUUUACAACUGGCUUCCAAGCAAAAACACUACUUCUCUAACCAAGGAACAAGCUGAAUUUAUCUUUAAAGUUGGUAAGCCUUUGGCUUUCAACUUUGGUGAGCAAGUGUUUGCUAACAUCUCUUGUGCAGCCUUUAAGUCCACAGGUGGAAGUAUGCUUCCCUUUCCAAGCCUCAUCUACAAUCUCUUGGUUAAGCAAAAACUCCAGGAGAGAGAGGAAGUUGUGCUUGUUGAAGAGAAGAAUCUGCUUGAGUUUUCCAAAACCCUCCUCACUCCUGAUCGUGUCAAAGAUCUCCCCUACGAACCUCCACGUGCUGGUCCUCCUUUGUCUCCUCAGUCUGAUGAUGGAGCUGACUCUGCUGAAGCUGAGAUCGACAAGUAUGGUGAAGACGAAGAUGUUGAUCGUGCGACUGCUCCUGAUGUUGCACUUGAUGUUUCCAACAUCAUUUCAGUCAAAGCCCAUCUCACUAAAGAAACAUCCACAUCUCGUAAAGGCAAGGAACCAGCUGGAGAUUCUGAAGUUGAGAUUGAUCUUGACGUUGCAGAGCUCAUCAAGGCCAGAGAGGAUCUUCUCAAACUCAAAAGACAAGUGCAGUUGAUGGUGGAUCGGACGAUCAAGAUGGGACAGGACAUGCUUGCACGGGUCGACUGUUGUGAACAAGUCUUCGCCAAACUCCUACCUUUUCAUUCUUCAACAAAAAAUGGGGAGUAG